GCUGUCGGUGUUGUCGCGUAGUAGUUCAAAAAUCUACGCGUACAUGUUUUUUUUAAAGAAAAGAAACGCAACAAGAACCUACAUCUCAUUCGGAGUUGCUGCAGAUUGAAGAACGCAGCCUCAGCCAGCAGAAAUAGCUUAUAUUUCGCAUGCAUCGUCAUCGACGUUCAAAUCGUCCGCCCUUUGUUUGUGUGUGUUAGCCGCGAAGUGCUCGGGCUCGUUAAUUGUUGGCUUCUGCAACCCGCACCCCGCCCCUGCCAGACGGAAGCGUAAAUUUUUCGAACAAUUGUUACAUCGGGUGUUGCACUUGCGGCAAACUAGCACCAACAUUCCAGGCACGGUGUUAUGUUUCGCAGCUAGACUCGCUGUGCUGUGGAAGUGAUUCACGGCGGUUUAAUCCGUACAUCUCGUCACCACUGUGGUAGUUGUGUUGUUGGCAUCGGGUAAAACUUAUUACGUUGCCACAUUAAGAUUGUUCUUGACGAGCGCCUCAAUCUGCAAGUCGUAAAGCGGAAAAAUCAUCUACGAGCUACAGAGCAGCAGCGACGGUACAGACACUGAAGCACGCACACAGGCUGGGGGUAAGAAGCCAGGCAGGGUCACACAACAUAUUGGCCAGUGGACCGUGUGCCAAAUCGCCCAGUCGUCCGCUUAUCGUCGGAAAGUACGCACAACGUGGAGUACGCGGAGUAACACGGAAUAGCAUCGCCGCCCCGAAAAGCGCACCUUGCAGCUCCCCGCGACGGCAUACGCAGCACCGAGUUGCGAGUUGAAGCCGUUGUUUUUGACGUGAACUAGUGUGCGUGCGGUGCUUUUCCUAGUGCUGCACCGGGGGGUGGCCAGUCGUGCGUGAACGGCAACAACCGUAGUCGUGUGGCAGCAAAAAAUAAAAAAAAAGGAAAAUCUUCGGCGGUGACCUCACUUGCAACCAUCAGCAGUAGCUUUCCAUCGAUCAACCCAACGCCACGAGCAUGUCGGGACCGGAAACGUCCACGAGCGGGGCGGAGGAUCGGACGGAAGCCGGCGAGGCCGGCCUGCUGUACGGGAUCCUGAACGAGAUCAUCAGCAGCCCGCUCAACCUUGCGCUGGUAGGCGUGAUCUCCUUCCUGCUGUACAAAAUCACACGCAGCCGCCAGCAGCCGACGGCGCUGCCGCCGCCACCACCGGAAAUGCCCCGGCUACGGCGCGAUUUCACCGUGGCCGAGCUGAAACAGUACGACGGCACGCAGCCGGACGGCCGCGUGCUGGUCGCCGUGAAUGGCAACGUGUACGACGUCACGAAGGGCAAGAACUUCUACGGACCGGGUGGUCCGUACGCAGUGUUCGGUGGACGUGAUGCAUCGCGCGGCCUGGCAACCUUCAGCGUGACCGCCUCGCCGAACGACGAGUAUGACGAUCUCAGCGACCUGAAGUCGCACGAGAUGGAAUCGGUACGCGAGUGGGAGAUGCAGUUCAAGGAGAAAUACAUUCUUGUCGGUCGCCUGCUGAAGCCGGGCGAGCAGCCAACGAACUACUCGGACGAGGACGAGGAUAAGGAUGGGUCGGGCGAGGGCGGUCCGUCGGCGGUGCGAAAACGUGCGGCGGCAGCCGCUGCCGCCAAGGAUGCGGUCGCUGCGGCGGUCGAGUCGGCCGCCGAGGUUGCGGCUAGCAAGGGCGAAGCCGAAAGUGCCACGGCAGCCGCCGACGACGGCAAGGACAAGGCCGAGUGA